UUUCUCUUAUAUUUGUGAUUGUCAUCUCUUAACUAAUCAAUACCAGUCAUAAAUAUUGACAAACAUUAUCAUAAUGCGAACCACAUUGUUUUUAAGAAUUGAAAAUGGCCUAUGCAGUUGUAUCAUUCACGAGAACGGACGAUGUAGAAGAAGAAGACUGCACUACCUCGGAAAUUCCAAUGGCAUGGUUAUUUGAAAAUAACACCAAAUGUUGGUGGCCGUCACAUAGCAAAAAUGUAGGAUCACUAAUUUCUAGAAAUGUAUCACCAAAUAUACAAAAGUGGAGUAUUGAGCAUGAUAUAGUUGUGGAGGCAGUGGGUGUCUCUCUUGAAAAGGCCAGAAAACUGGCUAAAGAUAAUAAUUAUGUAUCAUCUGAUGAUGCUAACAAAGGACGAGGGAAACGACAAAUUAUUAAUCCAUCGAAAUUUUCUUCCGAUGAAGAUGUGUCUGGACCUGUGUCUUCUAAGAAUUGGCGCCAAUUAACCAACAUCUCAUUACCUCCAGCACUACCAAUGGCAUCAACUACCUAUACUGAAUCGCCGGACAGUCCACGGGUAGCUGAGGAAGCUGUGGGAGUGGAAAAUGAUAUACAAAGUAUGCCUGUAGUGAUAAUAGGCGAACAAAAUUUGACAAAUGAUGAAGAAAUAGAAUUUGAAGCAGAACUAGUUAACGUUGGAGAUAGGGUAACUGAACAUGCUGUAAAUAGAGUGAAUCGGGAACCAAACACUACUGACAUUGAAGAGAUCCUAAAGUCCAUUGUUAAAGAACAACAUCAGCAAAUAACUAGAAUGUUUGUCUCUAUUAAUAUUGCUUUGAAAAGUAUUGACAAGAGAUUGAAAACUUUGGAAAUGGGGCGAGAAGUGAACACAAAUGAUGGAUUAGAGGCUAUGAAACAAUUUCUCCCAUUAGGAAAUACGGAUGAAAAUAGCUUUGAAAAUGUAAUAUCUUCUAAUCCAGAGAUUGCUAACCAAUUUACGAAAUUCGUAACAGCAGUCGGUGGCAACAGUGCAAAAGAUAAUGUCUCCAGAGUGCUUAAAAAGAUUUUUACAAAUAAAUGUGCAAUGGACUGCUCUUGGAUGGGUCGGAAAAAUAACUUUGCAGUUAAUAAGUUACUCUGCAUGGGCACAAUAAAAGGUAUCAUCGGCUCAUUUUUCACAGUAAAAGAAAAUGAAAUAGAACAAAUGUGUAGCGAUUGGUUCCGGUUCGCCAAGCAACGACACAAUCGUGAAAAGUAAUAC